CUCUCCCAACGCUAACCAAUGGCUCCCUCUCCCUCUCUCUCUCUCUCUCUCUCUCUCUCUCUCUCUCUCUCUCUCUCUCUCUCUCAAUUAUUUGACCAAAAUAAAAACACAUGACCCAUGUUUUUGUUGCUUAGCUGUUGGAACCGCAUAAACCGUGUCUUCUCCUUGUUACCAUUACUUUCUUCUUUUGCCUUAACGACACCAACCAAAACUCUCUCUCUUCCUCUCUCUCUCUCUCUCUCUCUCUCUCUCUCUCUCUCUCCGGAGAAGUAUGCAGAGAAACAACCGCGUAGCCGACGCCAAAUCCUUCAACAACAUGAUCGUUGCUCCGGCGUUACCAUCAGCCGGAGUUUUAGGGCUUAUGAACAAAACCGCUCAACCGCAACCGCAAACGCAAACGCAAACGCAAACGCAGCAGCCGCUGAAAUGUCCGCGUUGCGAUUCGUCCAACACCAAGUUCUGCUACUACAACAACUACAGCCUCUCCCAGCCUCGGCACUUCUGCAAGGCUUGCAAGCGGUAUUGGACGAGAGGCGGCACUCUCCGCAACGUCCCCGUCGGUGGCAGCUGUCGGAAGAACAAACGCGUUAAGCGUCCGCCGACAUCUUCCGUGUCGAAUUCAUCGUCUCUCGACGUUUCGUCGAAUCCGACCACUUCUUCGUCCACUCCGAUCCCUAAUCCUCAGAUGAAUCAUUUUCCGUCGAACGGUUACGUCAAUCCUUUGCUUUUUGGGUUAUCAGAUGCGAGUGGUGGUAAUAAUUUUCCGAUGAUCUCGAGCAGGUUUGGUAACUCAAAGGGUUUUGAGAGUGGGUUUGGGUUUAGUGGUUUUAGCGAUCUUGGAUUAGGGUUUCCGCAAAUAGCUGACAGUAUGGGUGAAAAUAAGCCCUUUUUUUCGGGUUUAUUGGGGUCGUUGUCUUCUUCACCCACGCCUUCCAUGGCUGCUCUUUUGGCUUCUUCUACUUUUCACUCGCAGAAGCUCGUCGAUGGAGGUGAUCACAUCCCGAGAAACGGUGAGAUAUUAGGACAAAACCAUUUCCAAACCCUAGCUUCACUUCAAGAUUUGCAUGCCGGGGGCAACAACAAUAACAACGAAGCUGCAAUAGUGAUGAACAAAGAAGUGAAGCUUCAUCAUCAGAUCUCUGGGUAUAUUGCGUUAUCAUCAUCAGAUCCUUCAAACUUCAAUUCAAAUGUUGUUGGGACUUGGCUUGAUCCGACAACUAAUGUUGGGUCCUCUCUCACUUCUUUGAUUUAGUCCAAAAAAACACAAAAACCCUAAUGUUCUCUCUCUUCUUCUUUUUUUUCCCCUCCCUCCUCUCUUUUGCCUCUAAGUUUAGAUAAUGAUAUCUAUCCAGGUCAUCUUCAUCACUUUUUUUUUUUUAAUUUUUUUUUGGUGUUUGGGGCUAAAUGGUAAAGUUGAGAUGAGAGAAGAAGGCUGGAUCAGAGAGAUCAAAUCCAUGGUGCAAGAAAUUUCAGCCACUCGAAGAUUUUCAUUUUGGGGAAAAAAUUAAAGGGUGAGAUCUAAAGAUUACUGUUCUUGGCACCAUAGAGCUUAUCAUCCUCGGAUCCUCUUCAUCUCAUCAUCUACACCUUGAUUAAUCAAGAACAGCAUAGAGAAAUAAUCUUGAUUGGUCGGUCCAUGGUUCUUUUUUACUUGUAAGUUUUUAAUCAAGGCCAUUAUAUAUGUAUAUAUACGUACCGUCUUUUGGGUUUCAAUCUAUGUAUUGGUGUUUAUGCAUUGGGGCUUAUUGGGGGGUUGUGUAUCGUUUUUGCAUUUGGCUUUGGUGUGUGUUUUCAUU